AGAGCAUUCUCUCUGAGCAGGGGAAGCAGGGGGGUGGCAGGGUCAGUGAGCUGGGUUCCAAAGGAGCAGGGAUGCAGAACAGAACCUGUCUAGUUCUCUGUGCCUUUGCCCUCCUGACGGGCUUCCUGAUGAUCUGCCUGGGGGCCUUCUUCAUUUCCUCGGGCUCCCUGUUCAACUGCCAGGGGAACCUGAUCCUGGCCUAUUUGCUUCUGCCUCUGGGGUUUGUGAUCCUCCUGAGUGGAAUUUUUUGGAGCACCUACCACCAGGCCAGUGAAAGCAAAGGGGUGUUCAGCCGUGUGUUCAGACAGUACGGUGCUCAGGGGGCCCUGCCCCUGGCCACAGUGGACAGGCCAGAUUUUUACCCUCCUGCUUAUGAAGAGAGUCUUGAUGCUGAAAAGCAAGCCUGUCCUGCAGAGCAAGAGAGCUCGGGUGUUCCUCCACCUCCGUAUACAGAGACGGGCCUCGAAUUUGCGGAUGAAGGCGAUGCCCACCCAGAGGCCCCACCAUCCUAUGACGAGUCUGUAGCAGACACGGUGGAGGCAGCAGCGCCACUGCAGGAUGCUCAAAGGCAAAACCAAGAGUGCUGAAGCAGGGGAAGCUCUCCAGCCCUCAUGACGCACCCUCAUGGGAUGCAGCUGCUAAUAAUAAACACAGGCAGGGACUGUGGGAGGAAAAGCCACAUCAGUGGUCCCACAUGAGAGUUUGCAGAGGGGAUGCUGCGUGUGACAGCAAUGCAAUUCUGCACAUGUGCUUGGCCUGCAAGGGCAGAGUGGAGCCCUGGAAGGGUGUGGUCAGCACCAGGCAAACGUUUCAAAGGAUCCCAACCCAGGUGAACUUCUGGACUGCAAAAGUGUUGUGAGAGCUCUGCUCCACAGAGAGCUUUUCUGCUCUCUCUCAACUCCUCUCCCAUCACCUAGACCCCCAAAAGGGAGGAAUAGGUGCUGCUUGGACACCACGUGCCUUCAUGUACUGCAUUACCAAUAAUCACAAAGGGAAAGCAUGCUGGCAAUGAAGGGUCACUAUCGUUUAAAUUGUGGGUUCUGCUGGCUGGCUUUGAAGUUAUCCUCAUUUACUAUAUUACCAGAGUGACACAGUAAUGCACACUGUAAGAGAUUUGCCUCUGGAACCCAUGAAUGUUAUUUUGAAUGACUUUAUCUUAAGUAUGUGUAUUUUAUUUCUAUGUGAAAGGAAAGUGACUUCAAUAUUUGCUUUCAAAAUGGUUCAAGUACAAAAUCUUAAAUGAGUAUUUUAAGAAUGGGAUGGUUGUACAAGCGUAUAUGAUAAGAUUUCUUAGAGACUCAAGUUGAGCAAAGAGAAUACUUAAAAAUUCAUAAUACACAAGAUUCAGGAAAAAAAGAAUUUGUACUAGCCAUAGGUUGUAUUAAUACAGAAUUGGACAUAAAUCUUGAAAAGUUUUAAAAUACACAUAUAUUUCAGUGAACCCCCCUGUAAAGCUCUAGGAUUUGAAAGAAAGGAGACUAUAUUGUAGUAUCUUAAUCAUUAACAGAAAAUUCUUUGUGUCUCAAGAUACAGAUCCAGGCACUUUUUAGACUUAGGACAUUUAUUUUAAAGCCCAGUGAUUCCUCUUCAGCUUCACUAUAUCUUAUUAUAAGUUUUAAUACAAGAGGACAAAUCAGGUGGCAGAAUGGUGGGAGGAGAUGCAGCCUGAUGCUUUAGAGCUUGAGCAAGAAAAUUCAUCUCUCUGGGCCUCAGUUUCCUCCCCAAUCAAGUGAGGACUUCAUGUUGGGAUUAAUAUCUAACAAUCGGGGAAUGCCUUUUAUAUCGCAGGCACUGUUACGAACUUUUUACUCUUUUUAUUUAGCCCUCAUUAUAGCCUUCAGAGAUAAGUGCUAUGGUUAUUCCCAUUUUACAGAUGCGUAAAUCGAGACUUUGAGAAGUUAAGAAACCUUUCCAACAACAUACAGUUAUUUCCAGGAGGGUGAUGAAAGGUUCCUAGAGGGGCAUGGGAAGACAUAUUGACUUCACACUUUUGUGCUAGGUUGUGCUAAUCCUGUCCUACUUCCUCCUCCCAGGGAACAGUUUGGACUUGUCUCCCACUUGAGGAAGUUGGCCCUAACAGGAAGUGGAGCCCCAGGGUUGCAGCAUUAUCUUAAAGAGAGGCAGCAAAGGUUGCUUUAGGGUUAACAGUCUGGCUUCUCUUUUAAAAUGUAAAUAAGCCCUCGGUUUUCUGCCUAGGAGCUUGGCCCUCACCUCCUGCUGUAAUUUCCUUUCAUCUGAUUCUUAUACUGAUGAUGAAAGAUGGUUCCUAAUGAUAACAGACAGCCUUGGUGAAGGGGCACAGGAGGGCUUUGGACAGCGGUGAGAAGAAUGGAGAGCUUUCAAGAGGAUAAGGGUUGUAGAGAUGGGAUGGGGCCUCCGUAGCCUCCUCUUCCCUGUUAUUGCUGAGUGCUCAGAUGAAGCAUGUCCUGACAAAUACACAGGAAGCCAAAAAAGGAAAUCCUGGUUCCUUUACACAAAGCAGGACUUUGGGCAUCUGUGAUUUGAAUCCUUGACAUCAAGAACAUAACUGGACAUGAAGGUCACUCAUGGUUGUCCAACAGGAAGGCGGUCAUUUAUUAGCAAGGCGAUUUAUUAUUUCUCUCUUGUCAUCUCUUUCUAUUCCUCUACUGAGAUGGUUAUGCUGAAAUUUUCCUCGAGGUCUGAGCACAUUCACUGACCUGAACAAGCUCUAUAACUGGGCUAUUGUCCAGAGUUUGAAUUUGUAAUAGAUGGUUUUUCCAACUACUGGUAGUCAUGUGAGACAAAUGUAAUUUUGGUUUACAUAAGAAAAUUGUUUUAAUCUCUUUCCUGCAAUAAAUUUUGUACUUAAACUUUC